CAGGUAAUUUCCUUCCUUCCAAGGUGAUAUAGUAGUAUAUAUCCAUGCAAUACCGCUUUCGACUCCCACACCUUUGAUAUAUAUACACUGUAUAUCCUGUGCACCUUUGAAUUUUCUAUUCGCUCGUAGUUGGGUUAUUGCAGGAAGAAGUCAUUUUGAGGAGAGGGAGCAUAGUUUGUUUCGUUUGGGUUUACUGAGGAGAUAUCAGAAGCACAUAAUGAGUUACUACAAUCAACAGCAGCCUCCUGUUGGAGUUCCUCCUCCUCAAGGUUAUGCUCCAGAUGCCUAUCCAAAAGAUGCUUACCCUCCACCAGGCUACCCUCAAGGAUAUCCUCAGGGUUAUCCUCCUCAAGGUUAUCCCGCUCAAGGAUAUCCUCAGGGUGGUUAUGGACAACCAGCACCACCUCAGUAUCAGCAGCAACAACAACAGAGCAGCGGCCCUUCCUUUAUGGAAGGAUGUUUGGCUGCCGUCUGCUGCUGUUGCCUGCUUGAUGCAUGCUUUUGAGCCAGCUUUUUGCAAUUAUGGAGCACUUGUGUUUUUGGAAACAACAGGCAAUAAGUUUAUUUAAUAUUAAUCGAUCUCUAUUCUUUUCAGAACUAAUUUACAGUUUGUUCACCUUGAAUCAUGACCUGUUUUCCCGUACCCAAGGCUAUAUUACUUUAGUUUGUGAAUAUACAUAUAAUAUGCAGAAACAUUUUGUCAGCAUAUGUUGUAGACGAAUUUCUGAUUGGGUUUGAUUUGAAAAGUUUGAUUCCAACUUCUUUGAGGACAGAUUAAUAAACUUUGAAGUAACACUUUCAGAACUGGAAAGUGGCAAUUAUAUUUGAAAAAAGUGUUGACAAUGUUGAAUUGAAAUGAAGUUUUCUAUGAA